AUGUCGCUCACGCGCCUCACGCCGCCGGCUGACGAGCACAGGGAGCGGGCGGGUCCCCCGCCUCCUCCAGACCCUGAUUCCCACCCCCCCACUAAGCGGCCCCGCCUCGGGGAGCCCGACGGGGCCUCUGAGGCGGGGUGGAGGCUGCCUCUGGUGCCUCGCCUGUCGGAGGUGGAGAAAGAAUGGGCGCCGUCGCCCACACCCUUCAGGGCGCUGCUCCUUUCCCCUGACUCGAUUUUCACCAACUCCGGCGGGAAGCACACGGGACAUGGGGGAUGCCAAAACAGCCCAUGCGAGAUGAAUGCUGGCUUGCAGUCCCCCCCCUCAGGAAGUUUGCAUUCUGGUUGGAGGGCUUCCAGAAGGUUCUCUGGGGCAGGACUGUGUGACGGGGCGGCUGUCCGUGGGCCCCGCGGUGACGGACCCCACGCGGAGGGGGGGCAGCUUCGGCCCCACAUGUCCCUACGCGACAUACAAGGCCUUGCAAACGAGGCUGGAAAACGAUAUGUAGUCCCAGGGGGAGGCAACAGGCAGGAAGACAGUAGUGACAGGAAACGGACGGGAAAUCUGUCGAGGGGCCUCACCUUUGACGAGGAACCGAAACCCACAGCUCAUGAAGCUGAGGGCAGACGCCAAGCUGGCAGCGUCGCACAGCCCAAUAAAAAGGAAAGUAACAUGGCGGCGUCCACGCUGAAGACGCCCAGAUCUCAGAACCAGCCUGGCGCGAGCAUCGCCGCGCUCAGGGUUUGCAGAGAGAGCAGCGCCGGGCCUCUCCCCGAGGGUCCAACGGACUUCAAGAGCUCACUGUCCCCUGUCCAUUUAAAGCAAAGAGCAAAGAAAAAGGGCGACAAAAACGAGACCUAUGUGACCAGUUUCACAAACAUGGACUGGCCCCCAAAUAGACCGACUGUUAAGAGGCGCAAGUUACUGGACGACACGGACAUGGUGGACGCAGGGGCUCUGUUUCCUGAACGUGGGGACAGCGGCGCCCGCUCAGCCAGCGAGCACAGGGUCUGCGUGAGGGGGGAGAACGCCAUCAGCUUCCGGCGCGAUCGCCACAGGGGCGUCGAGUCUGACGUCAGGGAUCCUGGUGCGAAUUCCACUCUAACACCGCACAAUGCAGCUUGGGAGGAGGCAGGAGCAAGCCUGGACGGUCACACAGCCACCCGAUUCGGAAAACGUCAGCGCGGGAGCUAUAGCAUUAGACAUAUUUUGAGAAAAAAUAGGGAAAACAGCUGGGUUAUGCAUAGUUACCAAACCAACUGUGAAAAUAUGAAGAAAACUGGAGAAAAGUGGAAUUGGCUACAAUCGUCGGAUUCAGCUCUUUUAAGCAAAGAAGGUUGUUAUGAUAUAAAAGCCAUGAACACACGCGAAGAACAACCACAGCUUCUCAUGAUAGGGACACUGGGUAGCCAAAAAGCUUUAAUAAAUUUUUUUUGGUUCAGUGGUACAGGAGAAAGCGAUAAUAGGCUACAGUGGCCGUCGCAAUAUUAUACUUCACAAAAAGACUGUGAUUUAAGCAAUAUUUUGGUGAAUUUCAUUACAGAAAGGUUUUGCUUCCAUAAAAGCAUUUCAGCAAAAGAAGCAGAUAAUAGUAUUUUAGCCUGGCAUGAAAUUUUGAAGUGUCUAAAGCAAACUGAUGUUCAUAAUCUAAUAAUUAGGAAUAUGAAUGUCAAUAGAAGGAAUAACAUUUUAAGCAUAUAUUUGCAAACCGGUGUUUCAAAAUCUCUACAUAUCAUAUUGAAAACCAACAUAGCUUCUUUGCUCAAUAACUUUGACUCUUUAACUGGAACUGAAAAUGAUUCUAAAUUAGAAGAGGGGUGCAUUUUCAAAUGGAUAAUGUGUUUGAAUUAUCCAAAAAAUAUUAUGGUGGAAAAUCAGAUUGUAUAUCUAGGAAGGACUUUAACUGUUUCAAUACCAUUAGGAGAUAAUAUGAAACCUAUGUUAGAGGAAAAAAAGCUGUUUAAAACUCAACAAGUUUUCAAAGAGUUUAAGAAAAAACCCAUCGAUUCCUUUAGUAUGACAACUAAAAAUAUCGUUUUAAUGGACUUUGAUGAUAGGGAUGAAAUCAGUUACAAGAGUAAGACUUGUCCUGAACAAGUAGUGAAUGUGAAAAAUUGGGCUCAGUGUGGUAUAAACACUGUGAAAAUACAUGUUAAUUCUCUUCCUCAAUUCAUACAGAACAACUAUGAACAUAUUAAUGAAAACUUUUAUGAAAUAAAUAUGUACAAUGAAAAUGUAGCUACUGAAAGACAACAGGAGCAUAAGAUUAGUAGCUUUAAUUGUAAGUGCAUUGCUGAAGAUAUCCUCAGUGUUAGGCAACAAGCCAUACCAGCAAGCCACUGCACAAAACGUGCUGAACAAACCAAUCCCAUGAUUGUAACUCAAGUUCAAAAUUUUGGGAGCUUGCUAAAAAGUGAAAUUGAAGCAAAAAGACAUGACUUAAUUUUAAUGGAGGAAGAAAAUGUCAUAGCCCAAAGUUUAACAUACUGUCACCAAGUUCAUAAAGAUAUUAAGAUUGAAAAGGAAGAGAAAAAUAGCUCUUAUUCAAUGGAUGGCAUUUUUUCUGUGCAACCAGUUUCCUUAAUGAGUAGGAAAGUAAACGUGGAGGAGACUAAAUAUGUUAAUCAACUUAAUCCUGCUGACAAAAAGGAAUAUGAGAGUAUUUUGCAAGAAAGUGAGUUAGCUAAUUUAAAGCAUUUUUAUCCAAAGAAUGACUCUAUAGAAUGUGUUAAACAUCAAUUUGAAGCUGAUCUGAGUGUAGGGAACAAUGAAUGUUUUCAGGAUUUAACUGCCAAGUGUUUGCCAACAGAAGUUGUGACAAUAGCCAAAGAUUUUGAGAUGAAAAGUAAAUUUGAUUUAGUUCUUGAAGAACUUCGCAUGUUUCACAAAAUCAGUAAGGAAAAUGAAAUUCUAAGCACUGUGGAAACAAACAAUGGGCAAGAAAAUUACUUUAGAGAAAAUAAUGCUGUGGAGGCGGUAAAGACAAAGAUAAAAAAAGAUUUGAAAAUAGGUACAGUCAACAAAAUCUGUGAAUCUUCUUUGCUCUGUGAUGCUAAAGCAGGGCCUAAUAAGCAUAAAAGACACCAAAGUUUAUUUAACUGGGAAUCAGUACCCAGAAGCAGAGAACAGGAAGUUCCUAAUGCACAUUCCUGUUUAAGAGCAUCAGAGGAGGAAGUACUCUAUUCGACUUCUGAGGAAGAUUGUGAGAAACCCUCACCCAAAAGACCUGCUUUUUCCUCUGAUGAAUUUAAGGAAGAAAGAAUUAACUAUAUAGUGAAGGGAGGUAGUAAUUUUUCACAUGGAAUUUCAAGAGUACUACCUCUUAAGACAUGCAGUCGUCCAAUCAGAGUUGGUUUGUCAAGAAAAGCCAAACUUAAACAACUUCAUCCCUAUUUAUAGUAAAUAUGUUAUGAGGACUUAAAAGAAGAUAUUGGACUUUAAAAUUUCAUGACAACUAUCAAUCUUUUAUUUAUUUCUUUGGCUAAAUGCUUUUCUUUCACCUUG